AUGCCUCAGAUCACGGAGAUCUUUUUCGAUUGUGACAACACCCUUGUCCUAUCCGAGGAGCUGGCCUUCGAGGCUUGCGCGGAACUAGCCAAUGAAAUCCUUGAAAGUCGCGGCAUCGCCGAUCGCUACACAGGGAGCCAGCUGAUCAAGGAUUUUGUCGGCCAGAAUUUCCGAGGCAUGAUGGGCUCCUUGCAGAAGAAGUACAACUUCACCCUGGAAAAGGACGAAUUCAACGGAUAUGUGAAGAAGGAAGAGGACAAGGUCAUUGCCAAUCUGGAAGCCAAAGCCAAGCCCUGCGUCGGCGCGAACGAGGAGCUGGAGAAGAUCUUUGCUGCCAAGAAGUACCACCUUGCCGUGGUCUCCUCAUCUGCCCUGCGCCGGGUGAUUGCUUCGAUCAAGAAGGUCGGCCAGGACAAGUACUUCGAUGAGAACAUGGUUUUCAGUGCAGCCAGUUCGCUUGAUCCGCCGACUUCCAAGCCUGACCCUGCCAUCUAUCUGCAUGCGCUCGAGAAAGUCGGCAAGAAGGCCAGCGAGACUGUCGCUGUAGAAGACAGCAAGUCUGGAGCGUUGUCGGCUAUUCGUGCUGGGCUUUUUGUCAUCGCUUAUGUCGGAGCCUAUGAUACCCCAGAACUCCAGAAGGAGAUGGGCGACAAGCUCACCGAGCUUGGUGCGCACAUAGUAAUGACGAACUGGUCGGAGUUUGAAAGCUGCAUGGACUACAUUGAAAAGUUGCCCGCCAAGGAGGUUCAGUCCAGUCUGUGA